CUCCAGCCAGAAAGUCUAUAUCGACAUAUUUCCGCUAACUAUUUCGGACUGGUUCUAACACAGGGACGACUGAGAAAAUGCUGAGAGCAGCAGGUGCUGCUGUUUCAAUGGAGGGAGCCUUAGAGAAGCUCCACUUACAAAUUAUGAGUCUUCACUGUAAAUAUGGACAGAGAACUUGUCAACCAUUUUUGAAACCAAGUUCAGCCGGCAUUGAUGAGAAUUUUUCUUCUAUCAAUCUCAAACACUCUAGCUUGAUAAGCUGGCGUGGUGAUUCAUUAAAGGUUUCUGCAAUAAGGAGGAGGAGGGUACACCAAAGGACAGAAACUUAUGUGCUUUUAGAACCUGGACAAGAUGAGACGUUUGUUUCUGAAGAAGUGCUAAAAGCUAAGUUGAAAGUUUUUCUUGAAAAUUGGCCAGGAAAGGCCCUGCCACCGGACCUUGCAAGAUUUCAAACUAUUGAUGAUGCGGUUUCUUUCUUGGUAAGUUCAGUCUGUGAACUUGAAAUUGAUGGAGAUGUCGGUUCAGUUCAAUGGCAUCAAGUUCGUUUGGAGUGAGAAGAAUUCAAGCAUUAUCUAGCGUUAGAUUUUGUCAAUUUAAUUAAAGCUUGUCCUACUCUUAAUAUGAAACACAUGAUCCAUGUUUAGUUUUUACUCUGAUAGGCAAAAUAGCUCUAAAAAAAAUUAAGACAAGAAGAAGAUUUCGCUGUA